AAUCUGCACCACAUGCUACAGGAAGGAAUGCAUGUGUCUUUGUAGGAGAGUUGAAAAGCAAAAGAAGAGAGUAGGAGGAGGAAAGAAACGCAGUGGGCGGGAUCUCUUCUGAGGCUGCAGCGUGGCUGCGCGUCUAAAUGAAAGAACCUCUCUUUUGCACUUUUUCCUGCCCUCUGUAUGUAUGACUUUUACCCUCUGCAGAAAGUGGGCACAUCCAGACCAAACACAGGAAGGGUCUCGAGGGGACUUCAGUCUGGAAGUAAAUAUUUAGCAAAAACCUUGGAUGAAGGUGGAACUUCUCAUUUUCAGAUGCUUACUCAAAGGUGGUUUUGCAGAUGUAAAUAAGAAGAGGACUGAACUGGACUACUGUACAGAUGUCUCAUUCGUUAAAAUAAUUCACUGGAAUGAUAUUUUGUCUAAAUUUGCUCACACAGCAGUGCCAGCAUUGCAUGUGAGAGGGUUUUACUGGUUGGUGAUGUAACCCAUCUGGAGGACUUUGAAGGUCUCUGGUCAACUCACAAGCAGUUGUGAUGCUGAGCUAGUGUGUUCGAUGCACACAGUCACUCCUCGUCAAUCUAGAAAAGCAGCUGAGACCAGAACAUCCUUUAGAAAUAACACUCCUAACUGCUAGUUUGAGCAUCAUAUCUACACUUCAUAGAUGCUGGUGGAGAUUAAUGGAUAUUUCUACAUAAUUUGAUUUUUUGGUUUAAAAAAACCAACAAGAAACAACUAUCUCGAGCUGAGGUACGGCAUCUUCACACCAUGACCCUCCAGCAGUAUAAUUUGGUGCCCCGGUUCAUCACCCUCUCUCAUCGUCUGCGUCCCAUAGUCCUGCUGUUGCUCCUCCAGGCCCGAUGGGGGAGCUGUCAUCCACAGUGUUUGGAUUACAAGCCUCCAUUCGGGCCUCAGCAGCCACUGGUCUUCUGCAAAGAGUAUGCAAAAUUUGGAUGCUGUGAUGUGGAGAAGGAUACAGAGAUAUCAAACAGGUUUUACACCAUUAUGGCCAACUUUGAUCAUUCAGGUUUUGCAGCCUGUGGCAAGUACAUACGCAACAUCCUGUGCCAGGAGUGUUCACCGUAUUCUGCCCACCUGUAUGACGCUGAGGAUGCCAACACACCUAUGAGGAUCUUACCUGGACUGUGCGGAAAUUAUUGCGCUGACUACUGGCGGCAAUGCCGAUACACACUCGGCCUUCUCUUAGAGGACUUGGGAGGUCCACAAGAGUUUGCAAACCUCACUGCCACAAUAGAGGAAGAUCAAAGACGGUUCUGUGACUUUCUGGAGCUUAAGGACAAACAGUAUUGUUACCCCAAUGUCUUAACAAAUGCAGAGCUCAAUGCCAACCUAGGCCUGGUGCGUGAAGAUCCCGAGGGUUGUCUGGAGCUAUGUCUUCAAGAAGUGGCCAAUGGUCUCCGAAACCCUGUGGCCAUGAUCCAUGCAGAUGAUGGAACUCAUCGCUUCUUUGUUGCGGAGCAGCUGGGCUAUGUUUGGGUGUAUUUGGCCAACGGCUCCAGAAUCGACCGUCCUUUCUUAAACCUUACACAGGCUGUACUCACAUCGCCAUGGGCUGGAGAUGAGAGGGGAUUCCUCUGUAUAGCCCUGCACCCAAGGUUCACCACAGUCAGAAAAGCCUAUGUGUACUACUCCGUGUCUGUCAAGAAACAGGAGAAAAUACGAAUCAGCGAGUUCACACUGUCAGUAUAUGAUGACAAUCAACUAGACCAUUCCUCUGAGAGAACCAUUCUGGAGGUGGCAGAACCAGCAUCAAAUCAUAAUGGAGGUCAACUGUUAUUUGGCCACGAUGGAUAUCUGUACAUCUUUACUGGAGAUGGUGGGAGAGCUGGAGACCCAUUCGGGAAGUUUGGAAAUUCACAAAACAAGUCAGCACUUCUAGGCAAAGUGCUGCGUGUCGAUGUCGACAACAACGAUGAUGGUGCGCCAUACAGCAUUCCCUCAGACAACCCAUUCAUGGGCGAGACGGAGGCACGACCUGAGAUUUACGCGUAUGGCGUUCGCAACAUGUGGCGUUGUUCCAUUGACCGUGGUGACCCUGCUACAGGUUCAGGCAGGGGCAGGAUGCUUUGUGGUGAUGUGGGCCAGAACAAAUUUGAAGAGGUGGACCUCAUUGUUAAAGGUGGCAACUAUGGAUGGAGGGCCAAAGAGGGCUUCAGUUGCUAUGAUCGCAGACUCUGUCAAAACUCCUCUCUAGACGACGUCUUGCCCAUCUUUGCCUACCCCCACAAGUUGGGCAAGUCAGUGACAGGAGGGUACAUUUAUAGAGGUUGUCAGAUGCCCAACCUCAAUGGACUCUACAUCUUCGGGGAUUUCAUGAGUGGGCGCCUCAUGAGUCUAAAGGAGAAUGUGACAACAGGUAAAUGGGAGUACAAUGAAAUCUGCAUGGGAACAGACACAACCUGCAGAUUUUCCAAACUUAUCAACAGCUACUACAGAUACAUCAUCUCAUUUGCUGAGGAUGAAGCAGGUGAAUUAUAUUUCCUAUCCACGGGGGUCGCGAGUGCCACAGCCAGAGCAGGUGUCAUCUACAAGAUAGUGGAUCCUUCCAGACGAGCACCACCUGGAAAAUGCAGCAUCAAGCCUUUACCGGUUAAAAUAAAGGGAAAACUGAUUCAUUUUCAUCCUAGAGAGGAGUUUGUAAUCAACAAGAAACCAACCACCACCCCCUUUCCGACGACGACCACGCCAAAAACUACGACAACAAGAAAACCCUCAAUAAGAAAACCGAUAAUAAUAAGAAAACCACCAAUGCCAACAAGAAAAACAACACAAAAGAUUCCCCGACCAUCUCCAACUACAGCAACGAGAAAAACCACGAGAAAGCCAACAUUACCUGCAACAAGUCAACCUAUUAAAGCAACAUUAAAAACAACCUCAGCCACAACAGUUGAACCAACGACUGUCCAGAGGGGCAUGGCAAACCCCGCCACGACUGCAUCCCCUGGUUAUCGCACAACCGUCAUGACUGCAGCCCUCUCUAGGAUUGCUCAAACUACAAUCAUCCCCUUAACAUCAUCAAGAAGACAUGGGAGACCACUUCAGUACCCUGUUAGAACUACCUCUCAACCUCUGAGGUCGCCAAAACCUUCCUCUUCCCCACCCAGGACAUCACUGAAACGACUCCAGACCACUCCGGUCCCUACACCCUACCCCAAACAUCCUGCAGCGUUAACUACGACAUGGGCCUCGUAUUCAAACCAGAAGUCCACCGUCUCAUCCAACAAGUACCAGAAAACACCGGCCAGUACCAUGCCGCCUAAGACACAGGCUGGAAAGACGCAGCCCGGACCAAAGCUGGAAAGUGCUGGAGAGGGCAACCAAGUGAACAAGAGACCCAGAGUUAGAGGCCAGGGUUCCAAGAGAGGAAGAGGAGGGAGAAGGCUGCGUUCUGGCUCUGUGCGACUCAGAAGUGCUGACGGUUUGUCUGACCGAGGCAGAGUGGAGAUCUUCGUCCGCGGGGAGUGGGGAACGGUGUGUGACGACUUUUUCACCAGCAAGGCGGGUACAGUGGUGUGUCGACAGCUUGGUUUCAGAACUGCACUUGCUGUGAUGAAGAGGGCUGCGCUGGGGGAGGCCGACAGCAGCGUCAGGAUCCUGCUGGAUGACGUGCAGUGUGAGGGUGGGGAACGAACCCUGCUCGAAUGCAAGAGGUCGGACGUGGGGAAACACAACUGUGUGCAUGGGGAAGAUGUGGGCGUGAUCUGUGGUUAGUAAAGAAGGAGGGGCAGAUUAUAAUGAUACACGUAGGAAGUUGCCAGCUUGGUCUCCAUUGAAAUACACUCCCUUUUUUUCUUUUUUUACAUAUCUGGAAAACAGGAAUAAGUACUUUUUGUACAGCAGCGGUACAAAAUGGAAUCUGCAUUUAAUGCCUGCUCAAAGCAUUUCCUGACAAUUAGGCUGGAAAUUACCGCCAAGUUUUUCUCUAAACUCCAGUCCUUAAAGCCUCUUUAUGUAGCAAUACCAUUUCUGACCACAUGUUGGCAGCAUAUCUCAAGAAAAUGCACGCGUCAGCCCCUGGUGUAAGACUAAAUGAAGUAAAACUCCAUG